AUGGCCUCGUAUGCAUCCCGAUCAUUCGUGCACUCAUUCGGUCCUACGUUUCGGGCCCGAGGCGGGCCUUCACUCAGAACAAAGCCAUUUUCAUUGGCAAGAUACACCCGGGGGUAUGCUACGUCCGCCGCGGAACAGCCUCGUCUUCGUCUUGGAAGCACAGCACCCAACUUCCUGGCCAAAACCACCCAUGGCGACAUUGAUUUCCAUAAGUUCAUCGACAACUCAUGGGCCAUAUUGUUCAGCCAUCCAGCCGACUUCACCCCAGUCUGUACCACCGAGUUAGGAGCGUUUGCCAAGCUGAAAGAUGAGUUCGAGAAGCGAGGAGUGAAGAUGAUUGGACUGAGCGCCAACGGCCUCAACAGCCACGACGAGUGGAUCAAAGACAUCAAUGAGAUCUCCAAGACGAACCUGCAGUUCCCCAUCAUUGCGGACUCGGACCGCAAAGUGGCAUUUUUGUACGACAUGGUGGAUCAACAAGACCUGGACAAUAUUGACGAAAAGGGCGUUGCAUAUACCAUUCGGUCUGUCUUCAUCAUUGACCCGGCCAAGAAGAUCCGGCUGAUCAUGCUCUACCCUGCUUCAACGGGCCGGAAUACGGCUGAGGUUCUCCGCGUCAUCGACGCACUCCAGCUUGGUGACAAAAAGGGAGUGACGACCCCCAUCAACUGGGAGAUGGGAGAUGAUGUGAUUGUGCCUCCUUCAGUCUCCACCGAGGACGCGAAGAAGAAGUUUGCUGAUGUAAAGGAGGUCCGCCCAUAUCUGAGGUUUACGACCGGCAAUUUGAACAAUUCUCAUUGA